AUGACAAAUGUUUCCAUGAAGAAAUCAAAAUUGUUCGCCCAUCAACAGUUGAAGCAUCCUGCUUCUGUUGGAAAGGAGCGCAGCUAUUUCAGGAAGAAAGUGGAGUUACGCCAAAAGAAUGCUCCAAAAACUUUAGAAUUCUGCUUAAAAAAAGCAAAUGAGCAUAAUAACAAGACACUAAAAGUCAGUUAUGCAGUGAGUGAACUGGUUGCUAAGGUGGGGAAGCCACAUACAAUUGCAGAACGUCUGGUGAAGCCAGCAAUGUUGAUCUGUGCUAAAGAACUGCUAGGAGAACAGGCUGCCAACAUUCUACAAAAAAUCCCAUUGUCUAAUGACACAGUGAAGAGAAGGCAAAUUGAAAUGGCAGAAAACCUCGAGAAACAGCUUGUGGAAAAAUUAAAAGUUUCUAAGUUCUCACUACAAAUUGAUGAGACAACAAUCAACAAUUCUGCCUUAUUACUUACUUAUGUCCGAUAUAUUGAUGCAAUGGCAAUUCAUGAAGAAAUGUUAUUUAUAAAAAAGUUGAUUGACACACGAAGCGACACUAUAUAUGCGGCUGUUUACGACUAUCUGUACGAUAAUGGGAUCCCUCUGUCAAAUCUGUUGCAGAUUGCAACAGACGGUGCCAGCGCUAUGACCGGCAAACAGAAUGGCUUUGUAGCUAAAUUAAAAAAAGUUGCCCCUCAUAUAUUGGCAAUUCAUUGCAUCAUCCAUCGAGAACAUCUUUGUGCUAAAUCUCUCAAUGAUGACAUGGAACAUGCAUUGAAAGUCGCUGUUUCAACAGUGAAUUUUGUCAAAGCCAAUGCUUUGCAUGACCGCCUAUUUCAACAUUUAUGUGAACAUGAGGACCACCAGAGACUCCUCAUGCACACUGAAGUGAGAUGGCUUUCCAAAGGAAAUUCCCUAGUUCGUCUUGCUGAAAUGUGGGAUAUGGUUCUUAUUUUUGUUCAUGACAUGAAAACACAAGCUUGUAGCAAGAAGCAGAAAGAUAAAGCUGAGACUUUGUUUUCAGUGAUAAAUAACAACGAUACAAAAGCAAGGAUUUUUUACCUGGCUGACUUAUUCGCACAUGUCAACCAACUGAACAUGACACUGCAAGGGCGAAAUGCUAAUCUGAUAGAUAGUGCUGAGAAAGUACGCUCUCUUUUUGAACAAGUUAUGUCUCUGGAAGAUGCAUCUUCAAAAAAAUGA